AUGUCUCGGUCAUCGACACCUCCGUAUCAGAUUAGAAGACCAAAUAUCGGGUCAGGACUGAAUCUCGCUUCAACCAACGGAUCAACCUCCACCUCUAGAGUACCGACACCUCUAGGAAGAGCUGUGAUCUCUUUGGAUGAGUGGGAAAGUAAAGCGCCAUUGAGCGAUGAGCAGCUACAAAGUAUCAGCAUCGUUAAAGAGAAAUUCGGAGAAAGACCAUUACCUGAAAAGUUCACAAGAGAAGACGCACCUGUUCCAGGGCCUUCAAGACCUACUACACCUAUACGUACUAGACUUCCUGCACAUCUACAUUCACCCACACGUUCACCUUCCAGAUCAAGACCCACUUCAGCUCCUGGUACACCACUACAAACAACUUCUUUCGCCCAAAGCCAACUGAGCAUUCCAGAUCCAUUGUAUCCAGCAUCGAUAAACACGCCUCAACAAUUCUUGGACCAUUUCACCGCUUUGACUCUAUCAACGGAACAUGAGCAAGAUAGUUUGUAUAGAGAUCAUCUGACUGAGAUUAUAGGAUUGAGAGAGAAAUGUGAUGGAUUAAUUGAAUUACUGGAAAGUGGGGAAAUGGAAGUUGAAGAAAUGUUGAAAGCUCUAGCUUACGUAGAAGAAAGAAGUGAAAGUUUAAGAGGAGCAUGUGAAGAUCUGUUGGAAGAACAGACACAUCUCCUCACACAUACUUCCCAACUAGCACAUAGGUUGACAUUCUUCACUUUCCUUGAAACUUCACAAAAGAUGUUGAAUAGCCCGGGAAAUAAUCUGGUACUAUCCCCUGAUUUCCUACCUAUGGUUAAGAGAUUGGAUGAGUGUUUAAGCUAUCUGGGAGAACAUCGCGACUUCAGAGAUGCAGAGCUAUAUCUGAUACGAUAUCAACAAUGUAUGACUAGAAGUAUGACUUUAAUCAAGCUGUAUUUCGUCAGUGUCGUGAAAGCUAUGGGUCAAGAAAUCGGGAAACGUCUUGGUGACAAAGGACUAUCGGAAAAUGCUGCUCAAGCAUUGCUGUACACAAAAUUCAUUUCCCUUUCUCAACCACUCAGACCCCUUCUAGCGGAAUUGGAAGCUAGGGUAUCGUCCAAUCCAGACGAAUUGACGCCAUUGCUGAGCGAAUGUCAUUCAGCUUGGAUCACCACUAGACAGUCCUUGAUGGGUGGACGAGUGAUGAGGGAAGUCGGCGGAAUGGACCCUAAUGCCAGUGACCUGGUUGAUCUUACUCGAUCUGGCUGUAGUUAUCUUAAGCAGACUUGUCUUGACGAAUUCAAUCUUUUCAAGCAUUUCUUUCUAUCUGGGGAAUCAACUUUAUACGAAUACCUUGAAACGUUAUGUGAUUACUUAUAUGAUCACCUUCGACCGCGAAUAUUACAUGAACCUUCAUUGCAAGUAUUAUGUGGGGUAUGUACUGUCUUACAAGCAUUGAUGGUACACGAUAUAUCUGAAGAAGAUCCGGAUGAAGUUUUAUUCUCACCAGCUUCUACUCCGGGAGUUGCAUCUCCAUACGGUAUCAGAGAUGGGGAUGAUUAUUUCGCUGCUAGUAGACCUAAAUUAUCAAGGCAUGGGUCAAGUCAAUCGUUUUCAAGAGGCUCGAUACUAAGAAGACAAUCUUCCUACGCAAGUCUAUCGAUGUCACGGCAAAAUUCAACUUCUUAUCCUACUCCGUCAGUCCGGACUAUACAGAAGAAGAAGAGAAAACCUCUGGGAAGACUCCAUAUUGAACUUUUAUUGAAGAUGGUUUUACAAGAUGCUCAAACUAGAUUAGUGUUUAGAGCUCAGGCUCUUUUAAGUGCCGAUGUGGAAUAUUACGUACCAAAGGAGGGUGAACUGGAUUAUCCUAAUAAACUUGGUGGAGGAUCCAAAGACGGCAAGCUCGUGCAAAGAUCCAAGUCAACGCCACUUAGUUACGAUGACGAUGACGAACCUUCUUUCCUGACAUUACCUCCUCCGGAAGCGCAGGAAAGCUGGUAUCCGUCUUUAAGAGUUACUUUGUGGAUCUUAUCUUGUCUCUACACAUACAUAGAUACCGCGGUGUUCGAGGAUCUAGCACAAGAAGCCAUACCGGUCUGUCGACGAUCACUUUCUUCUGCAGCGGAUAUACUGAGUGCUAAGAAAGAUAAAUCGAUGGAUGGAAAACUAUUCCUGGUUAGGCACCUAUUAAUAUUGAAAGAAAUGACUGCUGGAUUAGGAUUGGAAAGUGGCAGGAAUAAGAGGAGGGAUUGGAGCGGUUUAGGUGAUUUCUUGAAAUCACUCUUGGAUAAUGCUGGUACAUUGCUAGGAUAUCAAAGAGGUUCUAUCGUGAAAGCUGAAUUCGCUCCUGAUGCUAGAACUGAUGUUGAUCGUACACUUAAGAUUGCAUGUGAAGAUUUGAUCUCCCUGAUAGUGGUCCGAGCGACUUUACCUCUUAGACAAUUCCUAGAUAGGUGCACGCUGUAUCUGUCAAAAACUCACCGCGGGUCAGUAUCGGGAUCAGGCACUCAGGCCAAUCACACUUCAUCAGAUUUAUCGGGACAAGAAUUUUCGAAUCCUGAUAAGGUGAAAUCAGUUCAUGAAGAGUUCAAAUCUCACCUGAAUAAAGAACUCUCAAACUGGAAAAAUGAAUUGAGGAAAUAUUUGGAAGAUGAAGAUACUGUUGGUGUACUUGUACCACCUGCCCAGAACGCGAUAAUAGAUGCGUAUAGACAGUUUCACGAUUUGAUUAGAGCAGAAUAUGAUUUCACUACUGCAGCAGGGAUCAUGACUCCAAGUGGAGUGAUGACUUUACUUCAAUCGAUACAAUAA